CAAAAAACACCUACUCUAGGUUAUUUUCAUCCUUUUGGAUGUAAGUGUUACAUUCUAAACACUAAAGAUCACUUAUACAAAUUUGAUGCAAAAUCUGACCAAGCUAUAUUCCUGGGAUACUCUACUAAAGGACAGGCUUAUCGUGUCUACAACCUUAGGUCCAAAAGAGUUGAAGAAUCUGUUUUUGUCAAGUUUGAUGAAUCUGUAUGUGCUAACAAGAGAGAUGUAGAAAGUGUAGAAUUUCUGUUUCCAGUAUCAAAAGAAGCAGAAGAUACAAAGCAUAAAGAAGAGAGUAUACAAAAAGAGAACAAGGAGGAACCUGAAGAAAGGAAUGCUCCUGGGUAUACUCAAAGAAGGCAUCCAACAUCACAAAUCAUAGGAGAUCUUCAUGACAAAAUUGUCACCAGAGGUAAAUACUAUCCAGGUCAGUAUGCCUUUGUGUCUUUGCUUGAACCCAAAAACUUUAAAGAAGCUUUAACUGAUGAUGAAUGGCUAUGUGCAAUGCAGGAAGAACUACUUCAGUUUGCUCGAUUAAACGUCUGGGAAUUAGUUCCCAGGCCCAUAGAUAGGAUGAUAAUUGGUACUAAAUGGAUUUUCCGAAACAAAACUGAUGAAAAUGGACAAGUCACUAAAAACAAAGCCAGACUUGUUGCACAAGGAUACACUCAAGAAGAAGGAAUUGAUUUUGAUGAGACUUUUGCACCUGUUGCUCGCAUUGAAUCAGUUAGGUUGCUUUGUGCUUAUGCUAGUUACAUGAAAAUUCCUCUAUUCCAAAUGGACGUGAAAAGUGCAUUUCUAAAUGGCGAAAUAAAAUAAGAGGUUUAUGUAAGUCAACCUCCUGGAUUUGUCGAUCAUCAACAUCUAGAUUAUGUGUUUAAACUAAAUAAAGCUCUCUAUGGAUUAAAACAAGCUCUUCGAGCUUGGUUUGAAAAACUAUCCUCGUUUCUAUUAAGCAAAAACUUUACACAAGGAAGUGUGGAUAAAACAUUAUUUAUUAAGAAAGAAAAUUCAGACACCUUAGUUGUAAGAGUGUAUGUUGAUGAUAUUGUUUUUGGAUCAACUAAUCCCUCAAUGUGUAAAAAUUUUUGUGAAUUUAUGAAAUUAGUAUUCGAGAUGAGUAUGAUGGGGGAAACUCUCAUACUUUCUUGGACUACAAAUUAAACAAACCAAUGUUGGAAUUUUCAUCUCUCAAACUAAAUACAUCGAGACUAUGCUUAAGAGAUUUGACAUGAAUUUUGCUAGCCCUAUCACUACUCUUAUGGCCACAAAUUUGAAACUGGAUAAAGAUGAAUCAGGUAUACCCUUUUGUGAAAGAAAAUAUAGGGGCAUGAUAGGAUCCCUUCUCUACCUUACUGCUAGUAGACCCGUUAUCCAAUAUUGUGUAGGAUUGUGUGCUAGAUUUCAAUCUCAACCUAAGGAAAGUCAUUACAAAGCCAUAAAACGAAUUUUUAGAUACCUCAAGGGAAGCACUGAAGUAGGACUGUGGUAUCCCAUCACAAAUUCUUUCGAGUUAGUUGGUUACACUGAUUCAGAUUUUGGAGGAAGCCUAGUCGAUAGACAGAGUACCUCUGUAACCAUACAAUUUUUAGGUCCUUCACUAGUGUCCUGGUUCAGUAAAAAACAAGGAGCAGUUGCCUUGUCCACUGUUGAGGCUGAGUAUGUGGCUGCUGGAAGUUGUUGCACCCAACUUCUUUGGAUGAAAUCUCAAUUAUUAGACUAUGGUUUCGAACUAAAAAACAUUCUUGUGUAUUGUGACAACACAAGCGCAAUAUGCAUGACUAAAAAUCCAGUACAACACUCAAGAACCAAACACAUCGAAAUUAAGCAUCAUUUUAUUCGUGAUCUAGUUCAAGCAGGUCACAUAAAUCUGCAAUUCGUUUCAACUGAAAAUCAACUAGUUGACCUACUCACUAAGCCUCUUCCUAGCGAUAGGUUUAUUAAAUUAUGUACUUAAAUUGGUUUAAGAUCUUUCAGUCAGAUUAAAAAUCUCAAAAGAUGAGAAUCCCAUUGGGUUACUACGGUCUCGGUGUUGCUUGUCUCGUUAACUUCAAACUUUUUAUCUUUUUACCCACGCUUGCUGUUUUUCAAGAAAAACUUUUACAUGAUGUUAUGAUUAGAUCUGCUUUAGACGUUUCCUCUUCUCCUCCUCCACUAAGUACGAGUUCUAUUUAAAGAACAUAUUGCCUCACCUUCUCAUUCACCUCACCUCAUCAAACACCUUGCUAUCCCAUAACUACCAAACCAAAUGAGUGACCAUCUGCCUCGCCCCUUUCGUUUUGACGGCCUUGUUCAUACUUACCCUGGAUACAUGUUUUAUGAGCCAGUGGUCAUCAACCGUCAUCGUUAUCUCCAACACUUUGAGAAUAGGAGGCUUCACCAUGUCACUCAAAUAGAUCCGUAUGAGUUUAAGAUCUACAAGGUGGAGGUUGUUUCGUUGAUAGAAGGACUGGGGUGGGGAUACCUUCUUAGACAACCUUUGCACCCAGCCUGUCCAGGAGAAGUGAAGUAUUUUUACUCAAAUCUCCGCUCUCAAGGAGUAAGCUCAAGGAGCUUCACCAUUGUGGUGUAUGGUCAUCUCCUUACCAUUCCUGCUAGAGCACUCAGUGCUAUUCUUGGUUUUCCUUCAGAAGGCCUGGACAUUGCUCACCUGAGUUUUGGAAAAGGAGUUUAACAUUGGCGUUGAGUAUGCCAACUUCUCAACCGAACCAACUGGUGGUUCUAAUGUUCCCAUUCCAUCAGCUGGCUGCCACCUCGUCUGAGAGUGUUCCAUUACUUUUUAACCCAUGUCUUCUUUCCUCGCUCCUUCAAUCUUGAUCGAGUGCUCCCCAUGGAUCUCUGGAUCAUUGCAAGCGCUACUGCAAGGCAAAAGUUGGACUACUCAAUCCUCCUCUCCAGCCAUCUCCUUCCUGCUGGAGAUGAGCACUUUCAGGGUUUAUUAUCCUUUGGUUCGAUCAUCACUCACAUGCUCAUCAACCUGGGAAUCGAUCUCUCGGAGCUUCAAAGUGUUUCAUCAACCAUGUAUGUCAGCGCCCUGAAUGUUCUCAUGGUGCUUGAUCUUCCAACAGAUGUCUCUCCUCCUCCUCAACCCUCAGCAUCAAUUCUUGGUCCUCGUCCUGAACCUACCUAUGUCAAAAAGACCCAAUAUGCCGGCGAAACUAGCAACGCUGGAGGACUGGUGUUCACUGUGUCUGAUGGAAAUUCCUCCUCAAACAAUUUUGCUGCCUCUGCUCCUUAGUUAUGGUAUUUAGGGGGAAGUUAGUUUUUAGGUUGCAUCAGUAGAAUCAUCUUUUGUACCGCAAGCUUUGAUCUUGCCUUUAGAAGUAGUCUCAUGCUAAGGGGGAAUCUAUGCCAUUCCCUCUCUUUUGUUUUCAUGUCUCUGAACAUGACUCACUACUGAUGUACCUUUUUCGUUUCAAUGCAAUAUGUUUUAUUCUCUUGCAAGAAUGGUCUCUGGUGUUCUUUUUUGCCUUGUUUCAGGUUUCUUCCUGACUUCUCGGACGAAGGAAGAAAUUGUUGAACAAAACGGUGUCACAGCCCGCUCGCGCUAAAAUGGUGUCGUUCAGACCACAUAGAGAAACGACAGCGUUACACAUCCAAUUCACCAACACACACCGUUUCGAUCCAUCGUCCAUCAAAGUCGUUCCUUGAGCUUACCAACAUCAGCACUCACCGCCUUCUCCUCCAUCUUCAGAAAAGUGCCUCGUGCUUCUCCACAGUCCGCUCCUCCUAGUUCAUCUCUGCCGCCUCUCUACUAGAAGAUCAUGAUUACCAGAAGGAGACGCUGCACUGGAUUUCCCACUCUUCAGGUCUAUUAGCUAACGUUCAAUUGUCUGUAUGUACUAUAGAGUCUAGGAGUAGAACUUAAUUAGGUCCUUGACGGUUGCAGAAUAGAAUCGGGAUUGAUCUUCUGUCUGUAUUGGGUCCUAAGUUUUUCUUCAGUAGCUCUCGUCACAGUGUCUGAAAACUGGGUGACUUGAACUUGGGAAGUUGUGUGUGAGAAUUGUUUUCCAAAGAGCCAACUUGUAAAAGUGUAUUUCCUUUGUAGCCUUCCAAAUUUUCCAAUUCGUAGAGGGGAUUAGGUAUGUUUUUUCUCUCGUUUAGCGAGAGUUUCGGAGCUAGGGUUCCUGAGGAGCGACUAUAGGUUUUUUCAACCAUUGGGUUGACAGAGGUGACGAUUAGUCUCUAGUCUUCUAGUUUAGAUAGUUUCUGUUUAAGAUUAUCAUUGAGCUAGAUCUGUAUUCGCCUCGUGUGAUACAGAUCUCUGAGUGAGAGUUUCCAAGAAGUAUUAUUCUGUGGACUUCGAGGGUCUCGUCUUACGGAACCCUAACUUGCCUCAAGCAGUUAAGGGAGAGGGAGUGAUCUUUUUGUUGACGUCCUUUCUGGUGAUUCCUUGUGUUGGUUUCGAUGGAGGAAUUAGAAAAUAACAAUGAAGCAACAGAGAAGGGAACUCCUUCCACAGAGGAGUUGACAGAAACACAGAUUCAAGAGGGUAUUACAAAAAGUAUUGAAAAUCAGAUUGAGAUGAUUAAACUGACGGAAGAUGA